AUGGCAAUAUAUUGUCAUCAGGCGGUUAGAUGCAACAUACACAAAGAGGCUAUAUUUUCGUCGAGGAAGACUGGGGGGCGCGCGGGCGGGAGACAGGGGGGAGGUACGGGCAGCCUGUGCCGGCUCGGAUUACGGCGACCAUCUGCUGCGACAAACAAUCGGCCUAACGAGUGCUCGCGGCUCGCGACAGGAUUAAAGCCUAAUACAACUGCGAACAAUGCUGUCGACGCCUUUUACAAGCUGAACGCUAACAGCUCGUGUCGCGUCGCGGCGAGCCCUUCUCGCUGA